UUCCGCAUUACCUGAUUUUCCGUUUGCCCAUUUCACUAUGUUAGGAAGCGCGCGCGACACAACAACUGAUAAACAACGCACAUGGUGGAAUUGCACUAAAAGCUAGAACAGCGGGCUUGGUUUGGUUGGGAUAGGUAUAGGUGCUGCUAUUUGCAUUGGACGACACCGCACACCGCGACGAGUGGAUUGCCUUGGUUGUUGUUUUUAUUAUGACCGGGUGAACCGCGACGAUAGAUAUCUGCCUCUCUGCACGUCUGUGACGAUCAAUUUUUAUCAGUCAGUAAACACUUGCCUUCCAGCACGAACGGUGCGUCGCUUCACCGUACCAUCCAUUGAUCAGUGAGUUCAAUUAAUUUGACAAAUGCAGAGGCAACAGUUUCCAUCGAAGUAGGCGUUGGCCGGCGACGUGUUGGAUGCAAAGCCAGAACGAGAAUUAUUGGCACAGAAGGAUAUGGCUGCUCGAGUGAUCAGAGGAAGCGUGGGAUCCGAAGGUGGGUCAUCAACCUCCAGCAGGCAAUCGUCCCGAUUCAUCGUGGUGAACUUUACUAACGAUAGCGAUGAGAUCGCCCACAAAUCAUACAACAUUCGUCAAAAUCCGCCGGCCCAAGAUUUUUACCAACUGAAGCAACGCUGCCUUACCGAAGAAACCCUCUUCGAAGAUCCCGACUUCCCACCGGUCCAUGCUUCCCUGACAAAGCAACAAACCAACCCGGAUCUAACGAUCGAAUGGCUACGUCCGCGUCAAAUUUGCCGGAAGGCUAAAUUUUUCGUCGACGGAGCAUCCCGAUUCGACGUACGCCAGGGUAGUCUCAACGAUUGCUGGCUCCUGACGGCCACAGCAAAUCUCACCGCCAACCAGCGGCUAUUUCGAAAGACCGUUCCGCUGGAUAACUCUAUGGCCGAGGACGAGUACGCCGGGAUUUUUCAUUUCCGCUUCUGGCAAUUCGGACAGUGGGUUGAUGUGGUAAUCGAUGACCGGCUGCCGACCCGGGAUGGCGAGUUGAUAUACAUGAGAUCAAGUCAUAAAAAUGAGUUUUGGAGCGCCCUUCUGGAGAAGGCAUACGCGAAGCUGCACGGGUCGUACGAAACACUGAACAGUGGCACGGCAAGGGAAGCAAUGCAAGAUUUUACCGGAGGAAUCACGGAAUCGUACCGUUUGAAAGGAAAGGAACCUCCGCCGGAAAAUUUGUUUGAGAUCAUCCAAAGCGGCUUCGAAAGAGGUUCGAUGUUCGCGUGCAAUAUUUUGCCCGACCCGAAAGUCCCAGAAGCUCACACCCCCGAAGGACUGCUGAAAGGUCAUUCAUAUUCCAUAACUAAAACGCAUAUUUUCGACCCAACCAAACAUCAGCUGAUCCGGCUGCGAAACCCCUGGGGCGACGGCGUUGAGUGGAAUGGCGCCUGGAGUGAUCGCUCCAAGGAGUGGGAUGCCAUUCCAAAAGCUCAGCGAAAGGCGAUAGGACUCACCAUCGACAACGAUGGUGAGUUUUGGAUGAACUUCAGCGAUUUUCUACGGUACUUCGAUCGGGUGGAAAUUUGCAAUUUGUCUCCGGACCCGCUUGACGAUCCGGAAGCAAGUUUACGCGGUUGGCAAGUAUCCACAGUGGACGGAGAAUGGGUUGAAGGAUCCACCGCAGGCGGGUGCAUCGAUUAUUUGGACAGUUUUUGGACCAACCCUCAGUACGUUAUACGGCUAGAUCAGCCGGAUCGAGACGACAAAUCCGGAAUGUGCACUGUAGUGAUCGCCCUCAUGCAAAAGUAUCGCCGAGCGGAAUACCUUCCUAGUUUAACCAUUGGAUUUGUGGUUUACCGAAUAACGGAAGAAGAUCUCCGGCACAAACCGGUUCCACUGAAGUUCUUCAAGAAGAACGAACACCGAAUAGUAGCUCGAUCAAUUUACAUCAAUUCUCGCGAAGUUAGUUGCCGAUUAAAGCUGAACCCUGGGAUCUACCUGAUCAUUCCGACAACGUUGCAACCACACGAGGAAGGUGACUUUAUGGUUCGAAUCUUCUCCGAACUUCGCAACUGUCUGGAGGAAAACGAUUGCACCGUCUGCUUCGGGACAAUGGAUGAUCGUGUUUCCGGACCGCUGCUGGAGAAUGGUGAUUGGGAACAAAUGGUGCGUAGUUUUUACGAUAUGGCCGAUCGAAAAGGAAAAAUCGACUACCUAGCGUUGGGUGCCAUCUUGGACAAAUUUUUCUUCACUCCUCGAGUGAAGCCCAAGAAACCAUCCAGUCUCUGGACAACUUUAAACCUACGACUUCGGCAUGUCCUGUUCUGCUGGUGGGUCUCCACUGCCCGUCCGAAAAAUCCGACAGUACAAACCAAAGCAACCAAUCGUGCCGUUGUUCAACAGAUCUCCAAGUCGUUGAUUUCACGGGUGAACUUGAACAGUUCAGCUCUGCUAAACUACGAUCAGUUCCGAACUAUCGUUCGUGAUGUCCAGCAGUGGCAAGCGGUGUUCAAGCUGUACGAUCUGGAUAACAGUGGGCAUCUCGAUCGGAAGGAACUGAAAAAUGCCCUAAAUUCAUCGGGGUUCAACGUAAAUAACCGCGUUCUUCAUGAGCUGAUGAAGCAAUCCAGAGAGCGUGGUCUGGAGUCGAUGGAACUGGUCGAUUUUGUUCUUUGCGCGGUGGAAGGUCGGAACGCGAUCGAAAAACUUCAACAUAAUUCCACGGAUAAGCCAGCGGCGUUAUCUAAAUAAUGACGUAAACCGAGUAAAAUGCAUUAUGCAUUACUGUAACUGCUUAUAGCUUAAGUUGACUCUAUGUGCCAAUGCCUUAUUGUACGUUACCAAAUAAUACGUAUGUAUACAUAAACAUAAGACACUCAUUAGAGAAAAUUGAUAAAAUAAAGAUUACUGUGCCAGAAUCAUAACC